UUUCCUUCCCGGGAUCCCGAGAUCCCGGGAUCCCGGGAUCCCGGCCAUAAAUGGGCUUUUUUUCCUUCCCGGGAAAUAUGUGAAAUCCCGGGAAAUCCCGGGAAACUUCUUUUUAUUAUUUUUUUCUUAUGUCAGCUAAAAAAUACGAAAAUGUAUGAGAGAGAGAGAGAGAGAGAGAGAGAGAGAGAGAGAGAGAGAGAGAGAGAGAGAGAGAGAGAGAGAUGCCUGGGCUGGAAGCGAGACAGCGAUGAGCUGAAUCAGCUGACGAGCGACGACACGUACCGUUCUCGUACACUUCUUUGCUUUGGUGGGCUUCUGGCGCUGAGUCAGGUGAUUUACUGAAUUAUCUGACUCUACAUAACCAUUAAAAUGGCAGACGAGGCAGAAGCAACAACCAGUACUGAGUCUUAUGCAUGGAAAUAUUUUGAAAAACUUAAAUGUGAAGAAUCGUCACGAUGUAAAAAGUGUCAUGCAGUUAUAAAGUGCAGAGGAUGGUCUACCAGUGGUAUGAUCCGUCAUCUCAAGAGCAAACAUUCAAUUGAAAAAACAGAAAAUCUCAAACGUCCUUCAGACAGGUCUCAUGAUAAAGAUACGAGUGAGGUGAAGAGGAAUUCUGUGCAACAGAAAAUGACUGAUUUUUUUAAAAAGGAGGAGACGAAGGAAGAAAUCGUUGGGAAGCUAGCUGCAGUAGAUGGAUUUUCCAUAAAUGCCAUUGCCAAGAGUGAGUUCAUAAAGACAUCAAUGCUUGCAAGGGGAUACAAAUUGCCUCAAAGUCCAACUCUUGUUAUGGAUCUUGUACAUAAGCAGUACAAUGUUGCAAAAGAAAGGGUGAUAUUUGAUAUUAACAAAAGGAAGAAUGUUGGGGUUAGGUUUGGAUUAUCUCUUGAUGAGUAUACUUCACUAAAAAACAAGAGAUACAUGAACAUAAAUUUACAUACUAGUGAUACCUUUUGGAAUCUAGGAAUGGCUAGAAUUACAGGUUCACUACCAGCAGAGACUGCAGUUGAGGUAGUUGAGAAUAAGUUAGCCGAGUUUCAGGUAAACUUGGAAAGAGAUGUAGUUGCAUGUGUAACUGAUGGAGCCAGCGUCAUGGUUAAAUUUGGCAAACUGAUUAAGACCUGUCAUCACAUGUGUUAUGCUCAUGGAAUACAUCUUGCUGUUUCUGAUGUUCUUUACAUGAAAACAGAUGGUAACUUAGUUAGUUUGGAAAGGAGAAAUGUUACCCAUCUCCAAGAAGAGGAAGCUGAUGAUGUGGAAGCUGUGCCAGAGGAAGAAGAGUUGAGUAGUAUGAUAGAGGUGGUAUCAGAUGAGGAUUUGGAAAAUAUUAGGUUAGAGGAUCUGGAAGAUGAUGAAGUAGGGAACAUAGAUUUGUCUGUCACCAUCAACAAAGUCAGGAAAAUUGUAAAGAUUUUUAGAAAAUCACCCACAAGAAAUGAGAAGCUGCAGAUGUAUGUUGUUAGUGAAUAUGGCAAAGAACUGAUGCUAAAACUCGACUCAAAGACAAGGUGGAACAGCUUGCUAGACAUGCUAGAGCGAUUUCUCAAAGUAAAAAACUCAGUUGCUAAAGCUAUGAUUGACUGUAAUAUGGAAAUGAACAUCACAAAUGGAGAAUUAAAAGUGCUGAAUGACUUAGUAACAGCACUGCAACCAGUGAAACUAGGGGCAGAGAGGAUGGGAUGCAGAGGUACAACUAUUCUUAGUGCUGAAGGUGUGUUUUCAUUCAUGUUGAAAGAAUUGAAUGAACAAAAGUCAUCAUUUUCAAUGAAGCUGCAAAAUUCUCUCUAUAGCAGAAUAAAUGAAAGGAGGAGUGCGGUUCUCGUAGGCCUUAUGAAAUACCUGCAUUGUGGUAAGGAUUAUAACAGCUGUGAGGAAAGAUUACCAUUAGCUUUACCCCGUAAGUCUGCCAUCGUGGAGUCAGCUAAACAGCUGUUAGGAAGACUGUUUCAAGUAAGUGAUGAAGAAGCUACAACUAGUGAUAAUGUGGAAACAUCUGUAAAUCAACAAAGCUCACUCACUGAUAGAUCUAUGGCAGCCAUAGAUCAGAUUCAGACACAAAGUACAAAAAAGAGAAGUGAAUGUAACUACAUUGGGAAGGAAUUCAGUGUAUUUGAGGCAACUGGGGACAGAACACAGAAUUUAGAAAAAUUGCUCCAGGCUCUCAACUCUGUACCACCAACGUCAGUUGAAUCUGAAAGGGUUUUUUUAGCAGCUGGCCUUUUUAUUACCAAACUAAGAUCAAAGCUCAGUGAUCGUAGUAUUGACUGUUUGUGCUUUUUGAAGAGUUAUUUCAAAAAUAAUUCUUAGGGUGUAUGACUGCAUUUGCAGCUGUGAUUUUUUUUUUUUUUUUUUUUAAUCUACAGGCCAUUCCAUACUCUAGCAUUGGGUGUUUAAAGUCCCACUUCCCUCUUUUCGUUUACCAUGUCUGGAAAGUUGGGCCUAAAUUCCAAAUAUUCUUUUUAUGAUUUUGUAUGUGCAUUACGGAAUUUUUAUUUUCUUCAGCUUUAUUCAAAUACACUGGGAAAAUACCAGAUAAUAUCUACUCUUCUUUAAUUUCAGGGCAUUUCGGAACUUUCAGUAUUUUCAUUUAUUUAUUUAUUUAUUUAUUUAUUUAUUUAUUCACUUUUUAGGUUUUGUGGAAUAUGGUGUUCAAAUUAUUUUACAUGUGUUAUUGAAUAUAUGCAAAAGUUAUUCCAUAGUUUCAUUUUCUGUGUAGUUUACAGUCUUGUGGAGCAAGAUGGCUUGAUGGGGGUCAGUGGAGGUGGCCAGUGCUACUGGCCAAGCUUCUAUAUGGAUAUGGUAAUAUGCAAAAAUUCAUAUUCUAUACGUAUUAGGAAACUCUAUGUCAUUUAAAAAUACUUAUUUCACACUUUCACAGGGUAAGUAACAGCGUAUUUUUUCUGUCUUUUGUUGUGCCCUUGAGUCGCUCCUGUUACUGUAAAAAAAAAAAAAAAAAAAAGUACUACUGAGGUUCAUUUACGAAUUACGAUAGAGAAGGAGUAUUAGCAAACAUUAUCUGCUACGGGAAAUCCCGGGAUCCCGGGAAAUGUCUUGAUUUUUCCCGGAAUCCCGGGAUGCUAUAAAAUCCCAAAAACAGGAAACCCUAGGGGGAAGAAAAUGGUUGAGAAUGACAAAACAGAAAUGUGAGGAGGAAGAAGAGGAAUGAGUGUUAAGAAAUGAUAAUAAAACAGGAAUGUAGAGCUGAGUGACGAAGAGGCUAAAGCAAGGAGAGCAUGAGGGCUGAGGAGAUGAUGAGGAGUGAGGGGACAGUGAGUAACAAGGAAGCUGAUGAAGGAACGUGACCUGGACAGCAAAUAAAUAAUGUUUGUCAAGUAGAAGGAAACAAAGAAAGAAGAUGUGGCAACGUGCACGAUCUGAAGCAUCCCUACUUGUUCCUUUCCUUCUUUAUCCCGUGCCUGCCUGCUCUCCUCCACUAAUCCACACUGCGUCACCCUCCACGCGCUCUCCUUCCCAGUCCAGCACCACACCAUUCUGUAUCCACGUCUCCUGCACUGCUUAUUUCCUCAUGUCCCACGCGCACUCUCCACUGCACACUACAUCCACUGCCUCGUCCACCAACCCUCCUCCUCAUCCGAUAGUCCAUCCUGCGGCCUUGACUCGCUGGCUGCUUGUUUCCUGUCUGUCACUAUCCCCUUCACUUCGUACUUUGCGUUGUUCAACCUUCAUUUUCUCCUGAGAGCUGUCCUCUCUCACCCCUUCCCUUGCCUUGCCUUCUUUAAAAUGAUCUCUUGUGUUUUACCAUGAAACUGCUUUCGUGCUUUUUUUUUUCGAUCAUAUUUCAUCGUAUCUUUAGUAUUUUUUGUUUCCCAGUAGUUUUGCCGCGUGGAGCCUUUUGAUCUCGUUGUUGUGGCGUUUAGAAUGAAGCAAUUAAUGUCACUUCCCCUUGUCUAACGCCCCCUGCUGCUCAUCAGUAAGAGGAAUGGUAGGUGUGAGACUUCCUGCAUCGUCCACACUGUCACGAGUUUCACAGACAGCAGCAGACCACAGCCUUUGUUCUGUAGCGCCUUAUCAUGUCAUAAGGGCUGUUUUCAAAAGACAAAGAGAUUACCUUUCUAUCUCAAGAGUACGAGUAUUUUUUCGAAUAAUGAAACAAAAUCUUUGUUGAACCUCCGCUAAAAACUUGAAAACCCUCACAACUUGUACUAGAGGUGCUACAGGCGGUCGAGGAGAGACACCGAGACGCUUGCAAAUAUCCAGAUCCCAGAGAAGCCGCGUGGUGUGUUCCUCUGUGUCUGCGGCAGUUAUGCACUUGUUGUCUCCUUGCAUUAGUGAAAGGAAUGUUCUCAUACGCAAGUGCACCUCUCGUGUGUGUGUGUGUGUGUGUAUGUGACCGCUAGCCUUCGUGUACAGGGAAACCACUUCUCCACUCAUCAGUUGCCAAUGUAUCGUGGUCACCUUACACUCAUUUUUCUAUUCUCUGCUUGUGUACUUUGUUUUAUUGAAUCCUUGUGUUUUGGUGUAUUUCCUCUUCUCUUGUCAGUGUUUACUCAGGUUUAACAGGAAGGUGUGUGUGUGUGUGUGUGUGUGUGUAUGCUGGGUUUCACUUUACGAAUGAAACUGUUUAAGGCUCAUAAAUCUCAUAAUAAAAGUGCCUAUAAUUAAUAUUCUCCUCAGUCAACCUCCCUAUAUUCAUCUAUUUAAAGACCCCUUGAUAAAACUGCUCUAUAACUUUAUGAAAAUACGCGAUUAUGUACUGAAAGAUGGUUGAGUAAAUGACAAAGCUAGUAUAGUUGCCCCGAGAAAAGCUGUGAAUCGUUUUAUGUGGUGAGCGGUCGGAGACGAAAGAUAGUGAAAACAGGCGUU